AUGGAAAAGAUUCACACCAUUACAACAGACGUACAACGAGAUUUGAAGGAUCAUAUCAAGAAAGUAGGAUGUUUAAAAAUAACAUUCGAACAGGGAACCUGUCAAGAAGCGACACUAAAAACACUAGACCUAGAAAACGACUUGAUCAAAACCAGCGAAAAAACAGAUCAGAGGAGAAUCGAUGACAAAUUGAUUUUUGCAUAA